UCAAGGGCAUCUUAGAAUGACCAAGUCGGGCAAAUCCGCCAGUUCUAGAUCGUUGGUCUGGUUGUCCCUGGGAGCUUGUCCUCUAUCAUGAUCCUGGGUCGCCUGAAUGUCAUUCCUUGACCAACACCAUCAUUCGUGCCUCCUUACCACGCCGGACGUUUCUCUCUUCGGUUCUUGUCUUUUCCAUACCCCCAUCGACAAUCCCAUCCGUCGUUCGACCACCGUCACCAUGUGUUACCAGCUGGUGGAACGAUUCUCGGCGUGUCGAUGUCUUUACUUUCAACACGCGGUAGACCCGUGUGAAGCAUAUGGCCAGCGCGGCCAUGUGGUGCAGGAGAAAAUCGUCUUGGUCGGCUACACCUGUACCCGACACUCCUUGCGUUGCAACGGAAGUAGCACGCGAGACCCGACCCUGCCGGAUUCAGGAUACUCCAGCAUCAAGGGUUAGACUAUACCCACGGAAAAUCAAAUCCCAAUCUCUGGAUAACUGAGGCAGCAGUCGCGGGCCGUCUGCCUCCGCCGUCUGCCUCCGCCGUCCAU